AUGCACUCGCAUUCGGAACUGAUCAAGCAGAAGGAGCCAGAAAAGCAAACAAAGCAGACAAGUUUGAUAACUAAGACGGCAAAAGAGGGGGAAGAUUCACGUGAUGUGACGACGGACCCAGCAUGUGCCCAAGAUCUAGCUGCAUUUUGCCAAAAAGAAGUCAACAUUGCGGCGCUGCUGCGUGAGGUACCAGAUGAAGUGGAGCCUCGCAAAAUUGUUAAAGCCGUGCAUAUGAUUCGUAUGUGCAUGACCGCGCACGCUGACGUGCUAUCUGUAGAAUGUGUGAAUACGCUGUCAACUUUAAGCACAGUGCCCACGAGAAUUGCAUCUGUGCCUGUAACGAGAGUCGAAGGGCUGGAUAAUGAAGGUGGGGAUAAUGACGAAGGCAUGAAUGAUGACUCUUCCAUGGAGAUAAACAUUUACUACUCGAGGCACCACAACGGUGCGGGGCACACGUUGCGAUCGGGUGCUGCACUGGCAGCUAAUCAUGUACAGACGAGCAGAACAUCGAAUGACUUCACUGGGGUGCUUUUAAACCCAAUUUCAUGGGUUUUCAUGAUUCCAUUUUUCAUAAUUGGCGUAUAUGUCAGCGUUGCUUGGACGGCAACGUUUCUCCGCCGUCGACGCGAGAAUCGCCGUAUUGAAAGCAAGCUGUAUAUGCCCGUGAAUUAG